AUGUCAAAGAAGAUUGUACCGUCUGAUAAAUACAGUUGGACAGUCAACGCAUUUGAAACUAAUUUUACCUAUCAGUGGCAAAAAGCUGUUAAAACGUCAAACGGAAAAACAUAUCGGACAAUCUUCAAAAGGUUUUACAGAAACCUCAAAUUAAAUGGUAUUACAGAAGAAUACGAUGGUGUGCGCUUAAGAUAUACAGUUGUGCUACCUAAUUCUACGAGAUUUCAUUCAAAAACGGCGACUUUACGUGUCGGUGAUCUUCCCACAAUAUCAGAACAACCGACCAUUAUUAUGAGUGAAUCAAAAUCUCGUGUAAAAACUUGUUUUAAUGUUACCGGAAGUCCAAAUCCUUCUCUAAAAAUUGAUCAACAAGCCAGAAAAAUCGUCAACAGUUCUGUUGAAAUAGACGAGAACUGCGUCUACUUCGUGCCUCAUAAAGACAAUAAUGGCGGAAACAUUACUGUGACAGCAGAAAACUGUUUUGGACAAUCUAGUGUUACCAUUAGUGUUUCAAACUUUCAAAGCACUCCAAAUCCUCAAAACGUUAAAUCAAAUAAUCCACCUGUUAGUACUUCCAAUGCAUUCGGUACCUUCAAACCGUCAGAAUUAUCGGUUUCUUCAUACUUAAUCGGUGCAACGACACAAAACACUGCAGAAGAAAAGGACAAUAAGACUUCAUCAGGAUUUCCAAUUUGGGGAUCUGCAAUUAAUGCCAUUCUUAGUAUUGCAGUGCUAAUACUUGUUGUCUUUCUCAUCAUAUGUUACGUUAGAAAGAAACGACAAUCAAAAGCAGCAAGUCAAGAAGCAAAGGACAUUACGCAUUCAACUGCCCGUUCUCCAAAUAUGAGGCACGACGACAGCGCCGCAACGUCGUCGACCUUGGAGUAUGCUGAUUUGCAGUUCGGAAACAACCCGGUGGGCCCUGUCGUUCCAUCUUCUUCUGCUGUCACGUAUGCUACCACAAAAACAUAACUAUGAAGUUUACUUUUGGCUAACACGUUUAGCUAACAAGACUUUUGAGUCGGUUCUUUAACGAUUAUACAAAAUUUGCUUAAUUUUGAAAUACAAGUAAAAUUUGAUG